AUGGAAGAAAGUUCAAGAGUUGGAAUGAAGAAAUUCUUCAAGGAAAAUUCACGUCCACUUAGAAAACCUUUUGCUUCUAUUUGUAUCAAAAAGAUUGAAAAUAUCUACUUACAUGCGACUUGUCGAAAUUACAAGAUACACAAACAUUUUGCUGUUUCAGGAAUUCAUUUAUCAACAAACUUUGAAAGUUUCAUUACUUAA